AUAGAGAUUGAAAGAAUAAGUUUAGAGAAGAGACAAGAGUUAGAGGAAUUACAGAAAAAUGAUCUGAGACAACAUGAGGACACACUUCUAGAAAAUAUGCUUGGCUUUACACGUAUAUUCAAACUUAUGACACAGUUAAAAAAGCCACUGCUAGGACAUAACUGUUUGAUGGACUUGAUGCUGAUUUAUGAUAAAUUUUACAACCCUCUACCUCAGUCAUAUACAGAAUUUAAGACAAAUCUUCAUUCACUCUUCCCAACUGUGUUUGACACUAAGCAUAUAGUUUUAAGUAUGAGAAGGGAUAUGGCACAGACGGGGAUGCUGCAGCAAACAAGCUUAGGUGAACUUUAUACAGAUUUAGAAAGCAAGAAAGGACAAACAAUAGUGUUACAUUCACCUGUAGUUAACCAUGCCGAGGGAUUUGACAGAUAUAAAUCUGAUGAGUUACCACAUGAAGCAGGUUUUGACGCGUAUAUGUGCGGAGUUGUAUUUCUUAGAGUUGGACAUAUACUGACAUUCAAAGAUAAUAAGUCCUCAGAAGUUAUACCAUGUAUGUUCCGAAGAUAUUUACAAACAUUAGAAAAGAAAAGAAACAAAAUCAACGUAAUUAGAGCUACUAUAAAUCAUAUUAACUUAGAAGGUGACGACCAUAAAUCAAUAAGACCAGAGUUGCUGUAUGUACGUGGGAGAAUGUUUAAACAAAAAUUGAACAUUGAUCAGUUAGCAAAAUGGUUCUCCCCCUAUGGUAAUGUGGAUGUGAAAGCAUAUGGCCAAAAUAAAGCAUUGGUUGCUACAUCAAACCACUACUG